GGGGACGGGCUCUGCUUGGUAUGCAAGCAGCAGGAUGACGCGCAUGCGUAUUGGAUUGUUUUUGACUGAAAAUGCCGUCGGUUUCGAAAACGGCGGCCAAUGCUUCUCCGCAAACCGAGAAGCCUACUCACUAUACUUAUUUGAAGGAAUUCAGAACAGAACAGUGCCCGUUGUUCCUCCAGCACAAGUGCACGCAACAUAGACCCUUUACCUGUUUUCAUUGGCAUUUUCUUAAUCAGCGGCGAAGACGGCCCAUACGAAGAAGAGAUGGGACUUUUAACUACAGUCCCGAUGUUUAUUGCACAAAAUAUGACGAGACAACAGGCAUAUGUCCCGAUGGAGACGAUUGUCCGUACUUGCACCGCACCACUGGUGACACAGAGCGCAAGUACCACCUCCGCUACUACAAGACGGGGACGUGUAUACACGAGACGGACGCCCGUGGGCACUGUGUAAAGAAUGGUCUGCACUGUGCGUUUGCUCAUGGGCCCCACGACCUCCGACCCCCGGUCUAUGAUAUCAGAGAGCUUCAAGCACAAGAGGCGCUCCAGAAUGGGCAGCUUGGGUCGGGCGAAGGUAUCCCAGACCUCCAGCCUGGUGUCCUGGCAAGCCAGGCCAUGAUAGAGAAGACUCUAACGGAAGACCCCCGAUGGCACGAUACCAAUUUUGUAUUAGCAAACUACAAAACGGAGCAAUGCACCAAGCCCCCCAGGCUGUGCAGGCAGGGCUACGCCUGCCCGCACUAUCACAACAGCAGAGACCGGAGAAGGAACCCCCGCAAAUACAAGUACAGGUCGACACCCUGUCCCAAUGUGAAGCAUGGGGAUGAGUGGGGCGAGCCCUCCAAGUGUGACAGUGGAGAUGGCUGCCAGUAUUGUCACUCCCGCACAGAGCAGCAGUUUCACCCAGAGAUCUACAAAUCCACUAAAUGCAACGACAUGAGGCAGACUGGCUACUGUCCAAGAGGACCAUUCUGUGCUUUUGCUCACGUGGAACGGAUCCCCUCCGCAGAGGAGACGAUGAGCUCCCUGCUGAGCGCCAUACAGUCCGGCUCCCAGUCCCAGCAGUAUUCCGAGUGUCCAAUCAGUGAGUGGAACAGCGGAGGCAGCUCCUCCACUCCUGCAGGCAGCAGCAACGGCCAGAUAACGAAUGAGGGACAUGGAGAUCAAAAGCUGAAUGACUCAGACAAGCAGCAGAACGCCGUGUUCUCCGCAGGGAACCCCUUAACGUGCAGCAUCACCUCCAGCGUCACAUCGAGCCUGGCUUCCAGCAUGGGCUCCGACAGCUCCUCGCCCACCACCCUGUCCACCAUGAACGUCAAGGCCACCCCCUUCUAUCCAGGGAGCAACACGGUCGAGUCCGUCAUUGGCUCGGCUCUAGAUAUUAACUUCAGUGACAUCAACGUCGCGUCUCUCGAACAAGAUCUGGAGGAGCAAGAGGACCAAGUGGGGUUUGCAAGUCAAAGGUUGCUCGCCGGAUCGGCCCCGGUUAACAUCCCGGGCUCCCUGGGCCGCUCCUCCUCCUUUAACUCCUCGUCAUCGCUCUCCACCUCGCCCAUGAGCUCCCUGUCCCAGUCCCUCUCCCAGUCCCUGCUCGGGGGGGUGGUCUCUCAGACCCCCCAUCAGCCCUCGUCCAUGUUGGCCAAGCAGGAGCACGGCCUCCUGGGAACCCCCACCUCCUCGUCCCAGAACUCCCUAGGUUUGAACGGAGCCGCCAGCAGCAUCUGGGACUUUGUGAGCGGCAACUUCUCUCCCAGCCCGUCGCCGGUGUUCAGCAGCCUGACAUCGGGGUGCAGCGGCGGCGGGGGGGACCUGGCCCGCCUCUUCAGAGAGCUGGACGAGGCCAAGAGGAAGCUGAAGCAGUGGGAGGAAGCGUGGCACCAGGUCAAGCAGGCGUGCGAGGCGUGCCAGAAAGACGCGCUGGAGGCGAAGGAGCGCGUGAAGUCGGCGGAGGCGGAGCGCCAGCUAGCGGAGCAGAGGUGGGAGGAGACGGAGCGCAGGCUGAAGGAGACCCAGGGGGACUUUGACGCUCUCUGCCGCGGCCCCGGAACGCCCCUCCUGCGUGGUCACGGGGACCUGGACCAGCUGCCCCUGUCCAAGCUCCACUCCAUCCAGAGCCAGCUGCGCAAGGACCUGGAGCUACUAGACGGGGUAAUAUAUCAGCUACAGUCAAAGAAAUGUAUAGUUUGCCAAAAGCAUGAUCGUUGCAUUGUACUGCAACCGUGCCAACAUUAUGUACUUUGUGAGAACUGUGCGCCUAGUAAAACAGAAUGUCCUUACUGUAGAACAAAGAUUUUAAAGUGGUGAUGUACAAUUAUACAAGGGUACUAUUUAUAGAACUAGCUUUUAGUAAAGAUAUAAAAAAAACGGAUUCACAUUAUGCUUAGAUUUUUCUAAAAUUGAUAUUUGUGUUUUGAUAGUAACUUGAUACACAUAUGAUUAAUGAUGUUUGACUGGUCAAAUAACUAUUACAAAUUGGGUAGUUCAAGUUUUUUGGGAAAUAGUUCUUUCACAUGAUGGAAGUCCAAUCACCCUUGCAUGCACUGAUACAAACACACAAAAUGUAUUCAUAUAUUAGUACUUUGAGGGAUAAUGGUCGGCCAAGUUAAUCAUUUUCAACAGUAUUUAUUCAUAUUGGCAACCAAAGUUGGCAAACCUACUCGAGCCCCAACCCAAGUAUCUUGGAGACAAAACAAUAUUGUGUCAUAGCUGGGCAAUAAUUUGAUUAGAGAUGGUCCACCAUCAUAUACUGCUCUUAGAUUGAUUUACAGACAAUGUUCCUAAAACUGAAAAAAACAACUAACAAAAAUAAUAUUUUUAAACAAGCCUACCAAAGACAUCCUUUUAGCUACUUUCAUGAUAAAGUUUAGUAGCACACUGUUUUGACUCAUCCCCUGGGGUGAUGUCUUCAAAGUAUUUGAAUAAUUUUAUCUCAGAAAAAUGCUAACUAAUGCUGCCAUAGUUUUUUCGCAUAUCACAAAUUGAAUCUUUUGAACCACAUCGACUACAAAAUAUAACUUUUCUAGACCCACUCAAAUUGAUUUCUAUAAUAAUUGAUAUGAUAUAUUAUCAAUUGUCUGGAUGAUAUAGCAGAGUAGAUGGAGCAUGAUGUAACAAAGUGUUUAUUAACUAAAAGGCCUAUUAUAUAAGUCAUUUGAGGGAUUCUUCCUGAAGCUACCGACCUCAGGAUGAAGCACACAGUGAAAGUAUUGUUGGUAUUUAGUUUCAGGAGUGUUGCUCUCUCUGGUUGGCUAUCUGUUAAGGGGACCAAAACUAAAUGUGCAUUCAGCACUAAAAUUAAAAAAAAACAAAAAAACAGCACCCUUAUUCACUACAUGCGGUACAAUACUCAUAAAUUGUUAAGAUUUACUGAUGUAGAAAUUGUGUCUUUUAUAUCAUCUUAAUGAAAUAUAGAAAAUUACAAAUGUAGCCUUUUUUCAGUUCCCCUUAGUCAAUUACUUUUUCAAGCCCACAUAUUUAGUAGCAAUCAUUUGUAGUAUGUGUAUACUAUACCCAGUCAAGCAUCAUUAUUUUGACCAACUUUCCAGAAGUUAUUUUUCUUUGUCGGCCUGGGAUGUAUAGACAUUUGCUUUAAGCUGCAUUGUAGGUUUAUAUUUUUCUUAAAUAAGCAAAUUUCUCGAAGUUUUGUGCAAACUGUGAAGCAUAAUGAUAUAGGUUUCCUUUUUAAGAUCAUGGUAUGUUCUCUCUCUCUCAUUAAAAAAAUAAUCUGUUAGAGGAGUUCAUAUUAGUUCCUAUUUUAAUCGGUAAAUGAAUACAAUUUCAAUCAAAUAAGUGCACAUUUAAAAUGCAAUUUUUAAGGCAUAACCAGCAGCUGUGAUCUCAGCAAGGCAGUUAUUCAAUCGGUCCUUUUUAACUCACGUAGAGGUAUAACCCUAUGUAUAGCCCUAGCUAUUAGUAUUGCGAAUGCCGGUUAUUGUGAAUCUCGUAGAUCGCCUACUGAUUGUGUCUAGGACAUAUCGGCCUCUCACUCUUUUAAGUGCCUUGCCUUUUAGAUUCCAAGCUCACGUCCAAGCAGUCAACGUGGUAGUCGGGCUCUCAUGCGCGGGUGCGAAACAUGUCUCUUUUUUAACGGCAGAAGAGAUCGUGUGCCCCUGCGUUACAGAGGAACGAUCCUCACUCAACUAAGUAUAUCUGUCGAUUUAUAAUAGUACAGAUUUAGUCAGCGCCCGUGGUCCGACUUCUACCCCUUUUGAUAUGCACCACACACAAACCUGUGUGGAGCUCGAUUGGUGCAGCUUCACCAUCAGUCUGCUAUGAAAACGUUUUUCAAGUAAACAUUUGGAAGUAUGCAAACACGUAAUAGGGACAAGACUAUUUUGAACAGUUAAGUGAUAUCUUUUUUGUCAGUGAAUGAAGAAUUCUGUGGUUAAAACUUGCUUGUUGCGUUAAUAAUUACGACCGUGUAUUGUGCUUAGGUUACUCUAAUUGAAACGACCUUCUACUGUGUAAAAAAAACUAAACGACAACAACUGCAUUUUCUUGCUUUAAGUUUGAUAGAAGAAAAUAACAAACAUGCCAUCUCCAGGUACACCGUUUGCUGUUUGCAAGGGUGGGAAAAUGAUUUGUUUACAUUCAAAAGGAUGGAAAUCAAUUGGCUCACGGGAGGGCAACCCUCAUAAAAGUUUAUGGUUAUUUUGUUUUUGUGUUGAUAUUAUAGCAUAUGAUCUAUUGCAUGUUAUAUUAUGCGAUUUCUUAACCAGCUUAAAAAAAAGGACAAAAAAAAUCGGUUUGCACUGUCACACUGCCAGAAUAUUUGUAAUGAAUCAGUUCUAGUGUACUAAAGGCUUAUUAACGUCACUUCUGCAAGCUUUGCUGCAACUAGAAACGGUAUUAUCGUAGUUUAUUGUAAUACAUUUUAGGUGUUUGAAUGUUGUGCAUAAAAAACUUGGAUAAAACGAAACAAAACUUUUCUAAACUAUGUUCUUUUUCAUCAGACUUGGCAAAUCUUAUGCUCGGUAUGUCUUUCUAAAUAGGCUGUCAUCCUUUGAUCAACUUAAAUCACUGCGAUUGACUUGCAGGUCUGCACUUAUGUAAUUAGCUAAAAGAAUGUUCAAAUCGUAUUCUCUUUGUAUUAUACCCUUCCGACAGACUGCAGCAUACGCAGUGCUAUCGGUCCACUUUUACAAGGGGAUGAUAAGCUAUUCUGUUUGGGCGUUUUCAGACAUCCAAGUUCAAGAUGUCAAAAAAUAAUAAUAA